UAUGUGUGUAUGUUUGUGAGUGAGAGAGUGAGUAAAGCUUAGUGUGUGUGUUUUCUUUUUGCCAUAUAUAGGGGCAAACUUACUUCGAGACGAGGUUGUGUGUUAUAGUCUGUGAUCUAUCUGCAAACCUCUCGUUCUUUCUAUCAUUCUUUCUUCUAUACCCUCGGGACUAUAAGGAGCUCUGCAUACUUGGCCUGCUUUAGCCAAAGUUGGAGGGAAAUUAUUGAGCACUUGAUAGAUUAUUUUGUCCUGUUGAUUUCGAAGAUCUGUUCAGUUGCUGGCAAACAUGGAAGGAAUGAAUGACGCUCAUGAUGACGGAUCCUUCAUGUUCACCUCAGAGUCUGUGGGAGAAGGGCAUCCAGAUAAAAUCUGUGACCAAAUCAGUGAUGCAGUUCUUGAUGCACACUUGAAGCAGGACCCGGAUGCCAAAGUGGCCUGUGAAACUGUUUGUAAGACUGGUAUGGUACUUCUCUGUGGUGAGAUCACAUCUCGGGCCAACGUUGACUACCAGAAGAUUGUGCGAGACACCAUUAAACACAUUGGUUACGACAACUCUGAAAAAGGUUUUGACUAUAAAACCUGCAAUGUGCUGGUGGCUCUCGAGCAGCAGUCUCCUGAUAUAGCGCAGGGUGUCCACGUUGACAGACAUGAGGAAGAUAUUGGAGCUGGAGACCAGCCCUGGUUUAAACCAUAUAAAAUCUUUGCUUUUCAGGGAGAUGCUGGUGUCACAGGUAGGAAGAUUAUUGUGGACACAUAUGGUGGAUGGGGGGCUCAUGGUGGUGGAGCAUUCUCUGGAAAGGACUACACCAAGGUGGACCGCUCUGCUGCCUAUGCUGCACGCUGGGUGGCUAAGUCUCUGGUGAAGGCGAAACUGUGCAGAAGAGUGUUGGUUCAGGUGUCUUACGCCAUUGGAGUCGCCUACCCUCUCUCAAUCUCCCUUUUCACCUACGGCUCAUCAGAAAAAACAGAGAAGGAGUUGCUACAGAUUGUCAACAAGAACUUUGACCUCCGACCAGGUGUCAUUGUUAGGGACCUGAACCUGAAGAGACCGAUCUACCAGAGCACGGCCUGCUACGGUCAUUUUGGCCGAUCAGAGUUCCCCUGGGAGAUGGCCAAGAGUCUCAAGGUUUAAACUGAGAGGCGCGCGAGUCUUACUUUCAGUCAUUCAGUCGCUCUUUCCUCCAGCGCUCCUCUCUCAGCUUAUUUUAAUUCUCUUCCCGCAUAUGCUACAUUUCAGAUUAGACGAAUAUAUACUGUAAAUGUCAAGAUUGAUAAAUUAAAUCCAUUUUUUUAUUUAGAAGUCUAUCGUGAAAGGAUCCCUCACAACUGUUUCACCGCAUCAGCACUCAUGACAAUCUAUCAUUCCUUCAGUGUUGCCAACUAAUUUUCAGGGGAAGUUGCUAAAAGCAGAUCGAUUUGUUGCUAAAAGUUGCUAAACGGCGUUGUGAUGUCAUUGCGUGAUGACGUCAUUGCAUAACCAUGACACAAAACAGCGUUUUUACGUAGAAUACACGAGAUUACUCAAAUCUCAACAAAAAAUAUUUUUUUAAUGUUAUUUGUUCAUAUAAUAUUAUAAACAUAAAAUAUUUUAAUUUGUAAAAGUAACAUAAGUAACAUCUUUAUGAUCUGAUUUUUUUUACAACAUUGAAUUAUUGAAGUUACACAUUUUGUGUAUUUUCUUAUUAACUAGUAAAACUGCACAUUCUGAACAGUUUUUCUUACAGUGAACCUAACUGAACAACAAUUAUAUAUACAAGCUAAUAACAUGCUGUAUCAUAAAUGUGCAUUUAUUAUUGACCAAUUGGAACUAGCAACUUAAUGCACAUUUGAUGUUUGUACUGUUAGGCAUCUUUCUUCAGCUCUCUCCAGGUUGAUGUGCUGCUUGGCUGGCUAGCUGUUCAAUGGUUUCCUCUUUUUGUGUAAUUUAGAUGAAAAUA